GGAUUGUAUAUUGAUUGUAGUGCCCCCUCUCCCUCUCUCUCACUUCACAUUUCUUCACAGGGUUUCAUUUGAAUUGAAACUGGUUCGGACUUCGGAAGGGAGCCGUAAAAAGAAGCAGAGAAGAAAUGUCGAGAAGGUGGAAGAGGAAGGAAGAGGAGAACGCUUCUGAUGGAGAUUCCGAUGGGGCGGGGCCGGCCAAGAAGACCUUCAAGAAGGGUUCCGACGAUUCCGAUGGCAUCGUCGUUUGCGAGAUUUCGAAGAAUAGGAGAGUUUCAGUGAGGAGUUGGCAAGGGAAGGUCGUGGUGGACAUUCGAGAGUUCUACGUCAAGGAUGGAAAGGAACUGCCCGGGAAGAAAGGUAUCUCUCUAAGCAUGGACCAGUGGAAAAUUCUUCGGGAUCAUGUAGAUGAAAUUGACGACGCAGUUGCUGAAAAUUCUUGAAACAGUUGGAGAAGGUAUGGUUAUACCCAAGGAAAUGGGAAGAAUGUAGCUUAAAGACAUGGGUAUGAAAGUUAUGUGGAUAAUUUGUAAUUACAUAGCAAGUAAUUGUACUCGCUAACUGGAUCAAGCUGCUUUUGUGUAAUGUAGUUAUCUUGCGGGGCAACUAAGGACUUGCUUUUAUGUCUAAGAAAUCAAGCUGCUCGCCAGUUAGGGGCUUGAUUUUAGAUGCAUCACUACUGAUUGCUGUAUUAUUCCCUAAGAAAUUGAUUGAGAAAUGUGCUAAACAGAUCAAAUGGUUACUAAUGAAACCACAUGCUUUCAUGGAUAUCUGUAUAGAAUUAAGAGCCCAUUAUCUGAUAGGUUUAACUGUUUAAGAGAAUAAGAGCUACCAUCUUGCUUGGGUUUU